AUAAAUAGAUUAUUCCUUUUAUAUAAAGGUAACAUGUUAGUAACUGCGUUAUUCGAGCAUUGUAGUCUUCCCUUUAUAGAUAUUAUAGUGUUUGUUCCAUUAACGACACAUUAAAGGCCGCAGGUCCUUUUUAGCCCCCUAACUGGAGAUGAAACAAAAAUAUGCACCUAUCUCACAUAAGUGUGAAAGCAGCUUAUAACUAGAUAAAGCGAAGGCUUAGAUAACUAAUGAUUAUUCCGCCCCCUGCAGUUCGACAGCGGCUAUGUAUUCCUAAGGGAGCACACUAGGUGGUUAACGAGGAUUAAAUGCGGAAGUACUUACGUUGGGUGUGUUCAUGUUAUUUGAUGCAUCAUCCAGACGAGAUGGUAUCCAGAAAUAUCUGCUAGCCUGCAUGGAUCCCUGAAGAAUACCCUAGUUGCCGGGGUGGACAUGGCUCAUUUAUGAUUAUCAACCACCUUGCUGAGAACCUUCCCCUUAUCCUAAUUGUUACUGAUCAAUAGCAGAAUGUCCCUUUACCUAUUUGGGCGGGUAGCCGGGCCAUCUAGUUACCCACGUUGAGUAAAAGCGCUUAUGAGAUCAUUUUAUGUUAGCCAUGUGUCUUCUACUUUUACUUGGCCGCGGCAGUACUUCAUAUAGACCUGCGGGGUCUAUGCUGAACCGCCUGUUGGCCUAAGCCAUGGAUAUUCUGCUAUUCUCGUGGCAGCAAAAAUAACCAGGGUAUAUAUUUAUCACAAAUGUUGCAUGUCGCAUUACUAUAUCCUUGUGGUGCCUAGCCCCAAUCUGCGGACAGCCACGCUAAGCCUCUGGCUGCUAUGUAAUGUAGGAACAGCCUACUGCCAGUGUAAUAGUCAGCAAAAUGCAUCGGAGAUUGGGAAGAAGGCGGGGAAUGAAGUUCAAUGAGAACGUCAUGAGUUCCUUGCUGCUGCUCUCACAGGGCCCAUUGCGGUAUUUAAGGGCGAGGUAAAUCCCCUCGAUCUGGAUGGUACGCUUCCUAUCACAUAUCAACCACUCAAGGGUGAUUUAUAUAAAUCAUUGCACCACUCCAGAAUACAAUGAAAAUCUCCUUUACUGCCCUUCUGCUUUCAGCAGUGUCCCUCUUCACCGUCGCCAGCGCAGUCACUCCGUGGAAAUUCUACCGCAGCAUUAGUUCCACGGAAUAUGCCAACACUCUGCGCACAAUGACCGACACCGGCUUUCGUCUGACGUAUGUCUCGGCUUAUGCCAACUCAGGCGGGGAAGCUAGAUAUAACGUCAUCUUCGAGAAGCCUGAGUAUACGCCUGCAUGGCGCACCAAUUACGGCUAUAACGUCAAUGAAUUCAACAGGACCUUUGAAGAACUGAAGACUCAAGGCUUCCGGCCUGUGUUAGAGGAAGGGUAUAGCUUUGGCGGUGAGCGUCACUACGCCAGUAUAUGGGAGAACAACACAGAAGCCAUCGAAUGGGAUGAGCGCAGAAACAUGUCUGGGGACGAUUUCACGAUCUGGUUCAAGGAAUUGAUGAAAAAGGGGUUUCGACUUCGACACCUUAGUGGGUACGAGUUCAACGAUAAACAACAGUUCCGCUGGCGUGUUUGAAAAACGGG